AUAAAUUAUUAUAAAAGAUAAAAACAUACUAAAAGAAUAGACAAAUCACAAAAAAAUAAAUUAAAAAUUUGAAAAUAUCAUCAUGUUUAAGACAAGCCAGCUGAUAUAAAACUAAGUAUUUUAGGCUUCGCCAUUGCCACUUGCUAGCGUGCUCCGCCACGUUCUCGAGCAGCUGUACUUUCUUUCUCUUCACCAUCACCAGCCACCCCGCUCUUUCCUUUGUCUAUCUAACUUAUCUUUUAGGUCUAUUUUGUACACCACAACAAUGGGGAACUUGUUAUGUUGUGUUCAAGUCGACCAAUCCACAGUUGCAAUCAAGGAGAGCUUUGGCAAGUAUAAUGAUGUGCUCGACCCAGGGUGUCAUUGCGUCCCUUGGUUUAUUGGUCAUCAGAUAGCCGGAAAACUCAGUCUUCGUGUACAACAGCUGGAUGUACGGUGUGAGACCAAGACCAAGGACAAUGUGUUUGUCAAUGUUGUUGCGUCCAUUCAAUAUCGUGCCCUUGCUGAGAAAGCAAGUGAUGCAUUUUACAAGCUGAGCAACACUCGUUCACAAAUUCAAGCCUAUGUUUUUGAUGUGAUUAGAGCUAGUGUUCCAAGGCUAAAUGUGGAUGAUGUGUUCGAGCAGAAGAGUGAAAUCGCCAAAGCAGUUGCUGAUGAACUCGAAAAAGCAAUGUCCCAUUAUGGUUUUGAGAUUGUUCAAACUUUGAUCGUUGAUAUUGAACCCGAUGAACAUGUCAAGCGGGCUAUGAACGAAAUUAAUGCUGCUGCAAGAUUGAGAGUGGCAGCAAAUGACAAGGCUGAAGCAGAGAAGAUAAUACAGAUAAAAAAAGCAGAAGGCGAGGCAGAAUCCAAGUACCUUUCGGGGAUGGGUAUAGCUAGGCAACGACAAGCCAUCGUAGAUGGUCUUAGAGACAGUGUACUCGGCUUUUCUGUUAAUGUUCCCGGGACAAGUGCAAAGGACGUUAUGGAUAUGAUUCUUGUCACACAGUACUUUGAUACGAUGAAGGAAAUAGGGGCUGCUUCUAAGACAUCUGCUGUGUUUAUCCCGCAUGGACCUGGGGCUGUGCGCGACAUUGCCACACAGAUUAGAGAUGGGCUGCUGCAAUCAUCUGCCGUUCAAACUCAAUGAUCACUGUAUCGUAUUGUGAAAAAUAUACUUCGUGCAUACAUUUAUCGGGCUCUUUAAAUUUACGUUUGUUUGCGCUUGUUUUUCAAUUGGGUUCUUCUGUCGAUUUGCUUCCUUCCUGAAAAAUUGUUGUUUAACUAGCGUGUCUGGAUUGGUUUU